AGCCAUUUGAAGCACUUUUCCAUUAGGAUUUUAGAGGAUCACGACUGAAGGCUACUUCGCUAUACUGUCUUAUGAGGGCUAAUUUGGGACAAUUUCCAGCCAGCAAUGUUCGAAGGGUUGUUCGACGAGUCGGACGGUGUAGGGUUGGGAGAUAGCGGGUUGGCACCGCCCGGGGGAGGGGUUGACAUCCCACCACCCCCCAGGCUCAGCUGUGGCCUAGCUGGAAUUAACAAUCAGGGGGCUACCUGCUAUCUUAACUCUCUGCUCCAAACGUUGCUCUAUACCCCAGAUUUCAGAGAUUGCCUGUUCAGUUUGACAGAGGAAGAGCUUGGGAGACUGGAGGAGAUUGGAAAACCGGGGUGUAAGGUCAGAGUAAUACCCAUCCAGCUGCAGAGACUGUUUGCUAGGCUGUUGCUAAGUGACCAACAGAGCAUUUCUACAUCAGAGUUAACUGACAGUUUCGGAUGGACAAACCAUGAGGAGUUGCAGCAGCAGGAUGUACAGGAGCUCAACAGGAUUUUGUUUAGCGCCAUAGAGGACUCGCUGGUGGGAACCAUGGGACAGGGCUUUAUCUCUCGACUCUACCACGGAAGGACUGUCAACCAGAUUAUUUGCCAGGAGUGCCACAGAAUCAGUGAGAGAGAGGAGGACUUUCUUGACUUGACCUUGACUGUGACAGGUCACAUCAGUGUGGAGCAUGCUCUGUCAGACUACUACUGUGUCAGCGAGAAAAUGGAGGGCCGGAACCAGUACCGCUGCGAGAAGUGUAACAAACUGGUGGAUGCCAAGAAGGGGGCCAAACUCCGCAGUCUGCCAUCAGUGUUGACCAUCUCCCUCCUCCGGUUCAGCUUUGAUUUUCACAAAAUGGAGAGAUAUAAGGAAACUGGAAAGAUGACAUUUCCAUUAACAUUAGACAUGAGCCCUUUCAUGGAACAGACAGAAUCAGUGGACUCGGAGCUGUUUGAAUUAUUCUCAGUGGUGAUUCACAGAGGCGGAGCUCAUGGAGGUCAUUACCAUGCCUACAUCAGAGAUAUACACGCCCUUGGCAACUGGACAAGCCCGGAAGAGGAAGAAAUCCGAUUACCCAUAGACCCUAGCACAGGAAGUGUGGAUUACCUGGAGGUGGACUGCCCACAGGACUUGGUUACCGCACUGUUGCUAAGGGCGGGGCAUCAGGGACUGUCGAUGGACAAACUCUGUUCAGAAAUGACCAAACAGACUGGAGUGUCUUGGAAUAAAAGAUUCAAGAAACAGUAUGGGCCAAUUAACAAGUUUCUUAAAAAACAUGACGAGCUCUUUGAUUUCAACCAAGCUGCUAAUUGGGUGAGCUUGAAGAGCCGAGAUAAAUCUGCUGCUGACGUUUCUCCAGCAAAGAGAGGGACGUCCAAGAACGAUGCUGAGAAGAAAGGGGAGAGGACUUCAGAUGGUGCAAGCAACAAUAUGGACUCUAAAGCAACCUGUGACAAAAACAUAAAUAAAUGCACGACCGAAAAGCAAGCAAGGCCACAGACGCCCGCCCCACUCCCAGGCUAUUGCUGGUUCAACUUUGACGACUCCCGUGUUCAUCCAAUCAGUGAGAAGGAGCUUGAGAAGCAGUUCUCGGGGAAGGAGAGUGCGUACAUGCUGUUCUACAGGAGAGUGCCGUCUACUGGCAUCAAUGAAAAACCAAAGGAUGUUCCAGAUAGAUUGGUCACCAUGGUGAUGUCUGAAAAUGAAGAGCUACACCAAAGGAGGGUUGACUAUGACAUCAUCAUCAAUAGCAUAACAGUUCAGGUUCACUUUGGGGUUGACUACGAGUACAGGAUGGGAGCACUUCAACCUCAAGAUCAGUCCUCUUUUACUGAACUAACACUGGACAGAAGGAAAACCUUGGCUGAUCUAGCUCAACAAAUUAUAAAGGUAGGAGGAGAGAAAAUCCCUGAACAGUUUGUGGUUCACCGAAUGCAGACUCUGCCAGCUGGAGGUCAUUUGUUUGAAGAAAUUCCUACAGAUGACGAAAGUGUAAAGCUACAAGACUAUGACAUCAUAAGUGGAACUCAACUGUUUGUUUGGAACGGUGAAACAGUCCAGGGUGAAAUUAUUCCAUGUGGGCAUGACCUUCGGCCUUUAUCUCUGACUGUGAUAUAUGGGAACCCCUCCAAGUUCUCAAGGGGCUUCCCUAAAAAUAUGACCUUGCAACAAAUGAAGGUCACUGUAGGAGACCUUCUUGGUCUUGAACCAAAUGACUAUGAACUACAGAAGCUGAAACGCAAAGGAGAGGACAUCUUGACUGUGGAGUUCAAACCCGAAGAACGUGACCUCCCCCUCGAGGACCUUAAGUUGAUAGAUGGAGAUGAGGUUGUAGUUAUCAGGAGAGGGUCAGAAGGGUCAGCAGUGCUGUCCAGCCUGUGCAGCUCAGUGACAAGGAUGUGUUUUAGGGUGGAGAACAGAUGUGGUCAGAUAUUAGAGGGUUACAGCUGGCCUGUCAUUGAGGUGGAGGUAGACAAGGAUGCUACUGUUGGAGAGUUAAAACAGAUGGCACUGUCUAAGGCAGGACUGGAGGAGGUUCCAGAAGGAGGGCGUCUCAGAGUGGACCACGAAGUUAUGGGACUGAAACCUCCAUUGUAUGAAGAGUUAUCUCUCUCAGCAGCCCAUCUUUCACCUUUGACCCCCUUAGUCAUGGAACCUGGAGCUGCUCCAUUGACUAAUCAGAUAACCUUGACCUUCACUGCUGCUGAUCUUAAAGACUGCCCCUAUAUGGAGAUGACAGUUGACAGAGGUUUGUCUGUGGGGGCGUGUCUCUCCCGGAUGAUUGAUGCAGCUGGAUUCUCUGGUGAUGCGUGGCACUUACGAAAAACCAACUGGUGUGGAGAUUUAGCAGAAAUCCUGGAUGAUGUGGAGAAAAGGUUGGAAGAUGCCCCUCUCCACCAUGGGGAUCAUGUCGUCCUGGAAGAGGGCAAACUUCCUCCAAAGGGUUACCUGAGACUUCCUGUCUCCCUCUAUCCAUCCCCAAAUGCUGCACCAGGGGCAGACAACUCAGACGGGAUGCUCAGCUGGAUCUCACGAGGCAUUCAAGGUUUGUUAGCUCCCUCCUCAUCCCCUCUGGUAGAGCUUGAUUACAGCCCCAUGCUCAUGGGGUAUGUAGAAAUCUCCAAAGAGGCCACCUUAGAAGAUCUGAAGUUACAGGUUAUGACCUUGCCUCAGGUCAUGGAUCUUCCAAUUCCCUCCCCAGACUUCCUGCGACUCCGCCUGGUGGAGCAAGGGAGACUAUCGAGUGUGCUCAAAGGACCAGCUCAAACAUUGCAGCGUCUGAAGUUGAAUUCUUCUAGUCAGUUGGCAAUCCAAGUUCUGUUUGAAGAAGAAAAAUUAACGCAAUCCCAGAUGGUUCUGUCCAUGCAGCAGAGGUUAUCAGAGAGCAGGAGUUAUGGUCCUGCUGUGGAGAUUGUGUGGGACACCAGUCGGGGAGCCUCAGCCACGUGUUUGCGUCAGCGCUUAGCGGACAACCUCUGUAUUCCAGCUCACCAGGUGGCGCUGGCUAAAUACUUUCCCCAGCGCUACGAUUGGAUGCCGAUUCAGGAAGUCACCAAGAAGUCUGGGAGUCAUAAGGGGAAGAAGAAAACUGCUCAACCUAAAGGUAACCUGAAGAACUCCCCAUACUUCAUUAAAGAUGGCGAUGUCAUAGGGGUCAAGGACUUGACUCAGGCCGCAGAGAACAGGUUUGACUUCAGUACAGCAGAGGAUGAUGCUGGGAGAGAGAGACUAAAAGAAGAGGAUAGACAGAAGAGACAGAGACGCAAGGAUAGUCGCAAAAAUGCACUGUCCGCUGGAGAUGGGCUUUAUGUGAGAAAACGACAAGAAGUGGGUCUGCAUAUCAAAGUGGACGACUUCAGGUGACACAAGAGACAGGGAACAGCAGGUCUUAAACAAACUGUACCAGACAUCAGGUGACACAGACACACUCAGCUUUAAGACACAGGGAACAGCAAGUCUUAAGUAAACUGUACCAGACAUCAGAUGACACAGACAGCUCUGGAGCAUACAUACACCUGUCACAGCGCAUGCUUUCUGAGCAUGCUCUGUGUGCUGUACACACACAGCUUUAUGGCACGGGGAACAGCAAGUCUUAAGUAAACUGUACCAGACAUCAGGUGACACAGACACACUCAGCUUUAAGACGCGGGGAACAGCAAGUCUUAAGUAAACUGUACCAGACAUCAGGUGACACAGACAGCUCUGGAGCAUACAUACACCUGUCAUAGCGGAUGCUUUCUGAGCAUACAUACACCUGGCACAGUGCAUGCUUUUGGAACAUACACACACCUGUCACAGUGCAUGCUUUUGGAACAUACAUACACCUGACACAGUGCAUGCUUUUGGAGCAUACAUACACCUGGCACAAUGCAUGCUUUUGGAGCAUACAUACACCUGUCACAGUGCAUGCUUUUGGAACAUACACACACCUGUCACAGUGCAUGCUUUUGGAGCAUACAUACAGAUGGCACAGUGCAUGCUUGUGGAACAUACACACACCUGUCACAGUGCAUGCUUUUGGAGCAUACAUACACCUGUCACAGUGCAUGCUUUUGGAUCUUACACACACCUGUCACAAUGCAUGCUUGUGGAGCAUA